UUAUUUUCUGGCUUCUGUUAAAUCAUAAAAUCUUUUGCUUGUGUAUUUUCUUGGUCUGUUGUUGUUUUAACAACAACAGACAAGUAUAUUGGCUACUUAGAAUGAACUUUGCCCURGUAUAAAGCAUUCUGCGGUAAAAGGUGACUUUUUUCCUCUUUCACUAUUCUWGGAAUGAUGAUAAGUGUAUUCUCCGGGAAAUACUUAAAAUUCCGCAUAAUUUCUGGGUUUCCUGUGGGAUAAAGAUAAGAUCAAGAAGAUCCAAGAAGAAUGGGUUCUAACUUUCAAAAUGGCGGACGAUCCAUAUGGUGAUAGAAACACACCUGUACCCGUUCCGGGUGCUAUAGGAACAUUACGAAUGAGUACUAUCAUCCCAGCUAUAGAGGAAGCUAGACGACAGAGACCACCAAUCAUCCCRUCGCUUGGUCUACCGCAGGCAUCGAGAACUCCUCAAGAAAUGAUGAUUGAAAGAGUAAUGGAAAAUUGCGCGUUCAAAUCUGCUUUAGCAGGGGUAGCAGGAUAUGGUCUUGGUUUGGUAUUUGGGCUGUUUACAGCAGGAAUGGAGUCUUCAAUGCCAAAUCCUAUGACUGGUGUAGCYGACCAAUCAGCAAAAGCUAUUUUGAAUGACAUGAAAGCAAGAUCGUUGUCAUAUGGAAAGAACUUUGCACUGGUGGGAUUAAUGUUUUCUGGUACAGAGUGUUUAGUCGAAAGUUACAGGGGAAAAACAGAUUGGAAGAAUGGAACACUUUCAGGUGGGAUAACUGGAGGUCUUAUUGGUCUAAGAGCUGGAGGCAAGGCUGCUCUUUUUGGUGCUGCAGGGUUUGCAGCUUUCUCUACUGUUAUAGACUAUUUCCUGAGAUAGUAGUAAGCUAGAAUCCCAUAAGUCAGACUGGGAAAGUGAACUCAUUCAUCUGGGGCCAUUGGAGAUUAAAGCCAUUCGUACAUGAGGUUUUAAAAGUACUGCAUAUUAAUAUAAGAACAGGAGUUAUAUUUUUAUUAGUCAUGCAUAAAGCCGCAGCUACUCAAGCGAUUUUUCGCUUCAGCAGGUAACAAGAUUUUCAGGUAUGAUGAAAGCUUAACAUUGAGUUUGGGCUGUUUUUGUACAUCUCUUUAUGGAGAUUC